GCGGGACUCACCGCUAAAUACUGUCCCGGCGCUUCAGUUCCGCCGCUGUCCCCACCUGCCGCGGGAUCCGCAGUGGUAGGGGAUAGCCGAGCGCCAAGCCGUCCCGCAGGCGCUAGUUCGGCCAGCCCAGAAGGGGCCUUCGGCACCAGGGGUUUCCGGCGCAGCCGUUGCCAUGGCAACCACAGCGGGUAGAUCGUGGAUACGAGCCCCCCCCUGGUCGCCUCUUCUCGGCCCGUGCGGAACGCUGUCCUGCCCGAGUUUCCCUGUUUUUCAGUGAGCUUGGACGUUGCUGAGGACAUCUCUCAUAAAGCUGAGCACACUUCAGCCAGCAGGAAGAACUGGAAUGACUUACAUCGCAAAGAAGUGUGGAGUCUGCUUUGAGCCUCCAUCCAUUAUCUUGAUCUACACAGAAGCCAGCAAGGAUAAGACUCGCCAGCGGAUCAUGCCUGUCAGGAAUUUCUCCAUGUUCUCAGACUGCAGCAUGGCUGCUGAGCAGCUGAAGAAUAACUCUCAGCACAAGGCUUACCUGGAAGGAGUCUCACUGUGUCAGCUGCAGAAGCUGUACAGUUUGCUGAAGGGUCAUUUGAGAGGAGAGAGCCUUGCUGAGAGCUUGGAAAAGUUUCAGCAGGAAAAGACCAUUGAUCCAGAAGAAGAUAUGAACAAACUGGAUGAUAAGGAGCUAGACAAAAGGAAGAGGAUCAUGGAUGAGCUCUUUGAAAAGAACAGGAAGAAGAAGGAUGACCCAGAUUUCAUCUACGACAUUGAGGUUGAGUUUCCAAAGGAUGAGCAGCUGGAAUCCUGCAGCUGGGACGUGGAGUCGGGUGAAGAAAUCUGAUUCUGACAAAGACAUGUUGGAUGGACAACUCAGAGACAAAUCUUGGAGUCCUAAUAGAAAACGAUGUCGGUGUACACAGUCACAUUGUUUUCAGCUAAUGCACUUGAUGCACGUAACAUUGGCUGCAGAAAACCCAAAACCGAAGGAGCUACAGCAAUUCCAGGUUUAAGUGAACUUUGUUUAAGAAGCCAGACCUGAUGAAAUGGAAAUUGGGCAGCUGAACUUACUGGGUGGUUUUAAUCUUUUCCUAUGUAUAAAUGUCCAAAAUAAUUUUAAGUUAUUUAAUCUUCCACUUGUUUAUAUUUCAGUCAGCUUUGCUUGAAAACCUCAUCACCAGCUUGCCUUACUGCCAUUUCUAUUCUGCAUUGGCUGAAAAUGAAGUGUUAAAUAUUUAUGUCUUGAAA